AUGAGGUGUGUUUUUUCUUGUUUUAAAGAUGGACACCCAACAUUGUUUACCAUUAAGUUGUCGCAUGGAGGUGAGUUCACCAAGUACCCUGAUGUCCAUUACAUUGAUGGAACUAUAAAAUAUGUUGACAUGGUAGAUAUAGAUGAGUUUUCAGUUCAUGAGCUUGAUGCAAUCAUGAAGGGUUUUAGAUGUGGGUUUCCUCCUGUUAUAUACUACCAUUUUCUUGUGCCUGGUGGAGACUUCCACUUUGGUCUUCUCCCUUUAGGAAAUGAUGAAGAUGUUGCAAACUUUUCUCAAUAUGCCGGUGAGCACAAAGUGAUGAAGGUAUACACAGAACAUGGUGAAAUAAGACUACUCACCUAUUUCUUGAAUCCGAAGCCUGUUACCAAGGUUACCCUUGUACAGUUAGAUGAACCACAUGAGGAUGUGGAACACAUUGAUGAAGCUCUUGAUGACCAAUCAAAGGAAACACCUGUGAUGACUACACCUACUGAUAAUUUAGUUGAUGUGAUAGCCAAAGACUUUGUUGAGGAAGCUACUAAUUUUGAUAUUGGACUCUACCAACAAAUACUACAAAGCAAUGUUGAUGUAGUAAAUGGCAUUGACAUGCAUGAUGUCAAUGAAUCUCAGAUGGAUGAAGAAAACCAAGCUCAGAUGGAUGACAACCUCAGAUGA